GCUCUCAUCAUCCAGCAUACGCCAGCAGUGCCACGCCAGCAGUGCCACGUCAGCAACAGUGCCACGUCAGCAGUACCACGUCAGCAACAGUCCCCGCCACCAUGACGGUCUCAGUUCCGGGCAUGCCAGGCCAACUGGCCAAUGAGUCCAUUGCCGAGUACCGACAGCGGUUCGAAGCUCAGCUCGCACUGAUCGAGGCUGAGGAACAGCGUCAGGCAGCAGCCGAAGCUGCCCGCCUACAAGCUGAAGCGGCGGCAGCAGCUGAAAAGCAGCGGCUUCAGGCCGAAGCAGACGCAGAUACCCAGGCACGCCGCAAGGAGGCCCAGGAUCUGCUACAACGGCAUGAAGCCGCCAGCAUCGAAAAGCUCAAGUUCUGGCAUUCUGAACCAUCCGAGCACCACGAAGACGCGACACCGGAGGAGCAGCACAAGGAGUUUCUUGCCAAACUCGUGACCCGGUUGGUUUACACUUGUAACCACCUGCAGUCCGAGCUGGCGAAUCUCCGACGGGCGAUCCGGAACCACAAGGAUCUGCACGAGGAUGCUACACGGGCACUUGAUUCCCGUGUACAGGACUUGGAGCAAGUUGCACCAAGACCAGAUGCUGGCGAGUCCAGCAGUGCACCCUCUACCCGCCAAUUGGAGGAACGAGUUGACCACGUAGUCGCAAUGCUAGGUGACAUCAGCACCUUCGCUGCAUCGGCCACCAUCAGCAAGCAGCUGGACACCUUGAAGACCGAGGUUCAGCAACUGCACCAGCUGCCCAACAAGGAUGGCAACACCAGUGUGCAGCACUACAAGAUGCUGACAUUCCGCAUCGAAAAGUUCGACGAUUAUACGCAUCAAGACCCGGUCCCCUGGUGGGAGGGCUUUACGACGGAACUUCGGAUUCUUUUUGUCCCCGAGCACUCGUACAUCCGCGCGUUGUUCCUCAACUCAAAGGGCGGAUGCCAGAUCUGGCUCAGCCACCUGGCAACCAUCCACGGCAUCCAAGUCGCCGAUCUACAUAAGAAGAUCUCUUGGGACGAGUUGACGAAGAUAUGGAAGAAGCGGUUCAUUGUGGACGACGCCCCAACGCUCGCCAUCAACCGCGUCUUCAGCAUAACUCAAGGCAACACACCAACACGUGACUGGCUCACGGAAUGGCAAAAGAUCGUGGCAACGCCCGAUCUCGAGUUGCCAUUUUAGUAUCUGCGUCGAGAGUUCUACAACCGGUCAUGUGCCGCCUUGAGCCCCGCACUUGGUGAUCACGAGCAAUACACGACC